UAGAUAGAUAGAGAGAUAGAGAGAGAUAGAUAAAUGAACCCAACCCAACCCGCCUUGCAGAAAACAGCCCACGCACGCUCUUCUAAACAAGGAAAUCACAGAAGUAGCAAAGAAAGACAGAGAAAGAAAGAAACAAAAAUGGUAAAGAAAGAGAAAAGAAAAAAAAAGAAAAGAAAAGAAGGAGGGUAGUGAAGAAAGAAGUGAGGGAAGGAGGGAAGGAAGGAAGGAAGGAAGACGCUAAGGUAAGUAAGUCUGCGAUGUAGUAAAAUACAAACUAGUGACUAAAGUAGUAAGUAGUGACUAGUGGGGUA